AUGGCCAAGAAUAAGCAGCAACAGGAGAAGUCGGCCGUCUCGUUCGAUGAGAUGAUCAAGGCAGAUCGUCAAAAGCGCAAGGCCGAAUCCCUUGCCCAGGAGAUCUUUGGAAAGAAGCGUCGCCAGGGCGCUCCCCAGAAUAACAGUAACAACAACGCCAACAGAAAGUCGCAAACGCCGGUUGGCGGAAGCCUGGCUAGUAGACGUUCGUCGUCGGCCGCAUCCAUUCCAACCCUCGGCAAACAGCAACAGCAACAGAACCGUGGAAACCAAAAGAACCGCAACAACCCUCGUCAAUCACUAGGAGGCGCAGACACAAGAAGAGAUGCAGCAUUCCAGACAGCAGCACAACAGGCCGUACCCGCCUCAUUCAACAUCAGGCCACGAUCCUUUGCGAGUGUCGAGACCGAAAUAACAAUUCGUGGAGCCGCUGGUCCGUAUUGCGUCGUCGCCAGCAACUUUGCGCCGGGAACAACUGCCGCCGACAUUGAGAGCGUCAUGGCUCCUGUCGGUGGUGACAUGUCUGCUUGCAAGCUGGUCUCUUCCUCACCCACCGUCAUCGCCGAGAUGCUCUUCGUGGACAAGGCUGGCGCCGACAAUGUUAUCAACAUGUUCAACGGCAAGAAGGCCGAUGGAAGGAUCUUGUACGUCUACCUUAAGGAGGGAGGCCCAUCACAAUCAAUCCGCCCUGCCACGCCGCGCAUCGCUUCUCCUGUCAUCAUGACCCAGCCCGAACCUGUUCAAGGACAGGGAACUGAAGACGUCAUGGAGGUCGAACAAGCAUUCCCCACAGAACCUAGCCCUCUGCCAACUCAAGAGCCACCAACCCAGCCCGCAUACAACAACUCACGAUCUCGCGAUGGUAGAGCUUCCUACCGCGAAGACUACGAUCGCGGCGGCAAUCGUCACGCCGAAUCAAACUAUCAAGAUGGAAGAUAUGGUUUCAACGAGCAACGCUAUAACGAGCCGCGCUAUGAUGAUCGCCGUCCCAGAUACCGUGAUGAAGGCCGUAUGUACUCAGAUGAUGUGAUGCGUGGAGGCUCUAGAAGAGGUGGAGGAGGCCGUGGUGGUGGUCGCUACCGAGGAUAG